AAACUUUUCCCUUUUGCUGACAUGUCCACUUCUUUCUUCCUCCCUCCCUCCCUUAAAGACCGCAGACAGAGAGAGAGAGAAAUAAAAGCCACAAAAAAGUGUUAUGCUGUUCUCAUAUACGGAGUAGUAAUAAAAAGAAACAAAAGGCCAGCUCGGAAAUACUUGCCGGAAUGUCGGUAGCUAAUAAAGAUCCGGCGGCGGCGAUCAAGCUCUUCGGGAAGACCAUCGCUCUACCCCCCCGAGACGACGACGAGAACACGUCGUCAGCAGAAGAAGUUUGGGGGAGUCAGGAGGAGGAGGAGGAGGGCGGCGAAGGGAAAGAAACGCCGCCGUGUGAUAAAAGGAAGGCGCCGGGGGUGGGGGCCAGGCUUCCAUGCCCGCGGUGCAAAAGCAGGGUCACCAAGUUUUGCUACUACAACAACUACAACGUCAACCAGCCACGUCACUUCUGCAAGAACUGCCAGAGAUACUGGACCGCCGGAGGGACCACGAGGAACGUCCCCGUCGGUUCCGGCCGCCGCAAGAACAAAACCUCUUCCUCCUCCUCCUCCUCUUCUUAUUUCCUCCGCCGCAUUAUGUUCUCACCAGAUCACCAUCACCCCAAUAUUCACGCCGCCGCCUCAUCACCUUUCUACGGCGCCGUGUUUGGGCGCCCCCGUUGGCUCUCUGCUCCAAUUUCUCCCGCGGCGGCGUUGGGAACAAAUUACUGUACCAUUAUGGACACUGAUAAUUAAUUAAGUUUAAUCAUUGAUGAUCAUAAUAUCAACGUAACGUUAUGAGAAAUUUACCUAAAUAGAAUUAAAACAUAAUUACUUUCUUAAUAUAGGACCAUAUGUUUUUAUUUCCCAAUGUAGGACUUUUGGUCAUUAACAAGUAGUCAUUAUUCAAGUAAAUGUCCAUCAUUACUGGACAUUAUUCUUUUCACUAGGUCAUUAUUAAGUCCUAUUUAGAGAAUAAAAAAGUUUAAGUCCU